ACUGAUACAUGGUAGAUUGGUAUUUGGUUAUGAGGUCGUCAUGGUUGAUAUGAGCGCUCAGAAUGUUGUUAUGGAUAGUGAAAAGAAUUUUAUUUAUGUAUGAUUUGUUUCAUUAACAUAUAUGGGUCUUAUUAAUUCCUGCUUGUAUAUAUUACAAGUUCAGUUACUUAAUAGUUCGUGAUUAACAUUCGUCACAAGCUGUGUCGUCGGCAGUCUCUCAGCUGAAAAAUGAAUAAUUCACAGCACACUCCAGGGAGUUCAGUCCAGGAAUACUCGAUUCGUGUUCCAAAGAACACAAAGAAAAAGUAUCAUGUCAUGAGAUUUACCUCAUCAGUAAAUGUAGACUUCAGCAAAUGGACGCAGGUGAAGAUGGAGCGUGAGAACAAUAUGAGGGAGUUCCGUGGUGGUACCGAGGAAGAGAUGCCGAAGUUUGGCGCAGGCAGUGAAUUUGGUUAUGAUGCUCGUGAGGAGGCCCGCAGAAAAAAGUACGGUAUUGUCAGCCGCAAGUAUCGCCCAGAAGACCAGCCGUGGAUUUUGAAAAUUGGUGGAAAGACUGGUAAAAAGUUCCGUGGAAACAGAGAGGGUGGAGUUGCUGAAAACGCCUCAUACUACGUCUUUACACAUGCACCAGAUGGUGCCAUAGAAGCAUUUCCACUCCAGGAGUGGUAUAACUUCCAGCCAAUUCAGCGUUACAAACCACUGUCUGCAGAGGAAGCAGAAGAGCAGUUUGGCAGGCGCAACAAACUAGUCAACUACUUUUCCCUCAUGUUGCGACAACGCUUGCGACCAGGUGAUGAGGAUGGUGAUCCUGAAGAUCCAGAGGAGGGCAAGACCAAGAAAUCAUCUGCUGGAAACAAGAAGGAACUCAAAAUAUCCGACAUGGACGAAUGGAUAGACUCUGACGAUGAUGACGACGACGACUCAGAUUCACAGGAAGAAAAAAAAGACAAAGAAGAAAAUGCUGAGAAGGAUAAGAAAAAGAAGACCAAAAAGGGAGAUGAAACAAAGAAGAAAAAGAAGAAGAAAGACUCUGAUGAUGAGGCAUUUGAAGAGAGUGACGAUGGUGAUGAGGAGGGACGAGAACUGGAUUAUAUCUCUGACUCAUCAGAUAGUGUUUCAGAACCUGAGCAGCUCGCCAACAAAGAGCUGAAGGGAGUGGCUGAGGAGGAUGCACUCAGAAAAUUGUUAUCAUCUGGAGAGGAGGAUGAAGAGGAGGAGGAGGAAAAGGAAGACGGUGAGAAGGACAGCGAGGGGGAGGAGAAGAGUGGCAAGACUGAUGCAGAUGCAGAUAAGGCUGGUGGUGGACAGAAGAACAAGGAGAAGGAUGGCACCAAAAAGGGGUCAGGGACCAGCAUGGGGGCAGGGUCCACAGCAGGGAGCUCAAGCAAGAAAAAGAAGAAGAAGAAGAAGAAGAAGCAGAAUGAUCAUCUGUCUUCUGCUGCGCACUCAGCGAGUGCCAAGAAGGCUGAUUCCCAUGUAUUGCUUGUUUCAGAUUCAUCAAGUGAUUUUAGCUCCGAAAGCUCUGAUUCCGACGUUGAUGCCAGGAAAAAGCAGCCAAAGGAUGUGAAGAGCUUGAAGGAACCAAACAGAUUAAUUUCAUAUGCUGGUAACAGUGGAGCUAGUUCUCGAUCAGGAACUCCAACAAAGGACGGCCUCGACGGUGGAAAGCGAAAACUUGCUGUAACACCAGAGCCUGGAAUAUCACACUCCGUUGUCAGCAAUAAGAAAGCUCGGCUAGACAGCUUCUCCUCUGCUACUCUUUCUCCUUACUACAAUCCUGGAAAUUCAGGAAGCAGUGACUCGGGCAUCACAGAAGACGCGGUGCGACGUUAUCUGAUGCGGAAGCCAAUGACGACCACAGAACUGCUCCAGAAGUUUAAGUCCAAAAAGACAGGGUUAACAUCUGACCAGCUUGUGAAUGUCAUGACUCAGAUACUAAAGAGGAUAAAUCCAGUGAAGCAGACAAUCAAAGGGAAGAUGUAUCUCUCCAUUAAGGCCUGACAUGUCGUGUGUGUGUGAGAUUUACACAUUCCUCAGAAGAAUAAGUGGGAAGAAAAAUACUGUCCCGUUACUUUUCUGGCAACCUCUGUCCUUCGCAGUAGAUGGUGGAACUGAAGAAUAGUGAGGAAGAUGGGGCACAGAGCUUAAAAAUUGGUAGAAGAAUGAAAGGUAGUGACAGUGUUGCUGUAUGUUUGCUGGGAAAUGUAACUGUCUGUUACCAUAAGGUUUAUUGAUGUAUCACGCAGGGUUUUUACUGUGACACUGCCCCCUUUUUUUUCGUAUGAUAUUAACAGAUUACAGUUUACUUGGUAUAGGCA